CUUGAUAUCACAACUGGCUACUUGCUUUCACCCAGGUUAUCAACAUGUUAUGCCCAUCUCAAAUCACCGCUCUACCUUUCUAACGAGAGUUUGAGUAGGACAGAAACGAGGGUGGAUUCCUCAUACCGGCGACCCCAAUUUCCGGACAAGCCACACUUCGCGACCACCACCUUCGUCUCCUAACGACGAUGGCAGCGACUUCUUCUCCCUGACCCGACGUUUCAAGUCACAUCAGCGGUUGAUGGCAGUUCUAAGGUGAUGUCUGGGUGUCUUAACUUCGGUGACGAUGAUGAUAAUGGGCUCAAGAUGAACGAUUGUCUCAUUGUAUCGCUCCCCUUUUGCGAGAACUGCCAUUCAUUCUUGGAUUUGGGUUUAGGGUUGUUUUUUUGAGGUUGUUUUGCUGAGCGAUGGUUAUGAGAAAAUCAGCCUUCAGAUUCACUUACAAGGCGUUAACUGCUGCUGCUGCUGAUGAAAGGAAGAAUGUGGUGGUGUUGGCAUUUGAGACGAUGGAGAAAAUAGUACGGGAGUAUUUUCCUUAUAUAACUGAGACAGAGACCGCGACUUUUACGGAUUGUGUCAGAUGUCUCAUCACUUUCACCAAUAGCAGAUUUGACAGUGAUGUAAGCCUAAACGCCAUUGCUUUUCUCCGCUUUUGUGCUGUCAAGCUUGCCGAAGGGGGCCUUAUCUGCAAUACUGAAAAUGUUGCUGCUGCUGCUGAUGGUUCAAGCGUUUCAGUUGUGAAGGAAGCUGAUGGAGAAAAAUUUAAUGGAUGUAGACGAAAACGCUUCCUAUUGGAUUCCUUUGCUAAGUGGUGAUCUGUGUGAUCCAGGAAAAGUGCUGUAAAGCACUAUCAAGCUCAGAGAAGUGGCUCAGUGUAAAUAAAUGAAUAAAACGUGUUUUGAAAAAAUAAAGAUUUCUAUGUGAAAUCAACUUAUUGUAAAUUAUGGGAUUUAUCCCUUAAACUUUGUGUAAUAUAUUAAACGAGCAUAUUUCACGGAUAAAAGAUCCUGUUAUAAAAA